GAGUGAGGAAGAGAGUGAGAGGGAGCAGUGAGAGAGUGAGAGCGAGGCAGUGAGCGAGAGAGAGAGGCAGACAGAGAGAGAGAGAGGGAGGAAGGAAGAGAGAGAGAGAGGGAGGCAGGGAUAGAGAGAGAGACUUCGAUGAGGAAACUUACAAGCCCAAUGUGAAACAAGGACUGCUCUCUACACGUUACUUUUCGCGAGGGAUGGUACUGAAUUUGACUGUUGGUGGGGCAUUACGAAGGCUCCCGAAGGAUCGCUGUCUUUACUUGGAACAGACUAAACUCCAGCGAAAUGAGCGGCACAUUUUACUUACUGCUUGCACUCUGUUACCUGGUUGGUGGGCAUGCUGAGGAAACCGAAUUUCCCCCAGAAUUGUUGGAGAAAUUGGCGCACAGCGAUAUCACAAGUAUCCGUGAUCUUCAGCGCCUCCUAGAGAUUGAAUCCGUAGGAGAAGAUGAUCAUCUGGGCUCAAAAUCUCACAGUGUUAAUCCAAUAAAACACGAAUAUACAAAACGCUCAGCACCUGUAAGGAGAAAGCGAAGCAUUGAAGAAGCUGUUCCUGCAGUGUGCAAAACGAGGACUGUCAUUUAUGAAAUACCUCGCAGUCAGAUAGACCCAACUUCUGCCAACUUUCUAAUAUGGCCAGCGUGUGUGGAAGUCCGACGCUGCACAGGCUGUUGCAAUACUGGCAGCGUGAAGUGCCAACCGUCUCGGAUACAUCACCGCAGUGUCAAGGUGGCAAAAGUGGAAUAUGUAAGGCGCAAACCAAGAUUAAAGGAGGUUAUAGUGAGGUUAGAGGAGCACUUGGAGUGUACAUGCACGGGUCUACAGUCCACAUCAGAGCACAGAGAACAUGAAGGCCCUAGCACCAACCCAAAGCGUUUAAAAGGAAGAAAUAGUGAAAAAAUUAAAAAACGGAAGCGUAAAAAGUUAAUACUGUCACCUGACAAGGAUGUGUUGCCAACAUAACAGCUCAGCGACCUGUGCAGAUGUAAGGUGAAAAUAAGCUAUACAGUAAUGGAAGGCACGGACAAAUACCCUUUCGUUACAUUCCAAAGCCUGUACCUCAAAGGUGCUUUUAUUUUGACUCGUUUCCCUUUUGCCCUCAACAAAACCUCUUUCCCCCAAAAAACGGACAAUUGAAAAAAAAAGAAGUGGACUUAGCUGUGCGGCAACAAAGAGGAUGAGUGUGGCACGAUGGACUGAUACAACACUGCAUCUUCUUUUUUAUAUAUAUAUAUGUAUAUAUAUAUAUAAAAAACACGUGAAAAGAAUCAAACAAACAAGGCAUUCACGAGAGUGCAAGGAAUAUCGGAAAAUGCUGCUGACAGGAUGUGGUUUCGAGUGAACGGAGGAUUAUAUAAUGAAGAACCUAUAAUGGUGCUGUUAAUUGGAAGGCUGCGUCUCUCUUUCUCUCUGGCUUCAGAGUGACAGACAUAUGAGAGGCAGAGCUCAGGCAAAAAGCCGUCAACCGCGACCUACCCGACCAGAACUAUCCACGAGACUAUGGAGCGACCUUGCACAGUGUUCGAGUUUCUGAACGACACAGUUUCUUGUGUGGGAGGGAUGGACAGCGUUGAGAAGGGAUGUCUUUGACCGCACCAUUAGGUGUAUAUUAAGCUUGCUUCUACUGGAUUAUUUUUAGUGUUUUAUAUUCAGUGGACUACUUGAUAUUUUAUUGCAUUUAGGAGACUGCACAGGUACAACUUUGCAGCACAUUGUUGAUUUGUUUUACUGGAGGAAUAUGAUCUUUAACCCAAGAUGUUCAGAAAAUUGCAAAAAAAAAAAAAAAAAAAAAAAUACAGGAAACUCUUUUCGGUUCAAUAUUUUCUUUCAUCUCCCCUUCUUCCUACUUUCUAAUUUAAAUCAUUUCAAGUAAAAUUAUUUUGCAUUAAUAAAUGGUACAAACAAGCAGCUAUCCCUGCACAGUGCAAAAUGUUAUAUUUGUUUUAUUUUGACAUUCAUUAACAAUGCAUUUUAUAAUUUCUCAUUUUCUUAAAAGGAAAAGUAUUUUCUAACAUUUAUUUCACUUGUGUGAAAUAGUCAAAGAGUAUCUGUUGAAUUGAACAUUAUAACAAUAUGAACAGCAAGGACUACAAGAAGCUUGACUUUUUUUUUUUUAAUAUGUGGCCACGACAUUAAUUAAAUAUACCCAAGAAAGUGA